CAAUAACCGGAACAAGGUGUAUUGUUCUGGAAAGAGGAAAACAUUCGUAAAGAGAGCUCAACUCGUCUCGCUUAUUCUCAAACUUCUGUGUCCUGACGGUGUUUGGCUGUCGGACUGAAUAGUCCUCAGGUUUGUGGACAGACGGAAUCAUUAGACGGUGGGAUGGCGUCGCCGCUGGAGAUGACAGAGAUGUACGACAACGCUCUGCUGGGGAUCCUCCAGCACGUUGGGAACAUCCAGGACUUUCUGCAGAUCUACUUUGGCUUUUUGUACCGAAAGACGGACUUUUACCGGCUGCUGUCUGGUCCUAACGACAGGAUGGGCUUCCCCCCAGGAGUGGCGGAGAAGAUGGUGCUCAAGACAUUUGGGUUGUUUGAGAAGCUGGCCGAACACGACAGAGAGCGAGGGCUGAGCGAGCAGCGACAGAGGGGGGCGAGCUCGCGUGCUCCCCCUGCUGCCCAGGAGGUGGAGGUGUCCUCUGAGCUCUGCCAGGCCACCGAGGAGAAGAGCAGCGCGGAGCCGCCGCGGACUGAGAGCGCUUCCUCUGACGCGGGCCAAGUUUCUGCUCCUGCAGCCUCUGAAGAUUCUGGGAGAUCGCAAGCUGCUAGCAGCGGACCAGGAGGUGAAGAAGGACAGGCAGCGGCUAGCCGUACAGCAGCAGCAGCAGCAGCAGAAGGAGACAGACCUCAGAAUGAGUUCCAGUCCAACCCGGACAGUUACAACGGAGCCGUGCGGGAAAACUACAGCUGGUCCCAGGACUACACCGACGUGGAGGUCCGCGUGUUCGUCCCCAAGACGGUGGUGAAGGGCAGACAGGUCAGCGUUAGCCUGCAGAGCGGCGGCCUGCGAGUGAGCGUGAAGGAUGGAGCGGAGGAGAGAACGCUGAUGGAGGGAGAGUUCACGCACAAGAUCAACACCGAAGAGACUCUGUGGAGUUUGGAGCCUGGGAAGUGCGUGCUGCUUUCUCUCAACAAGACGUCCGAGGUCUGGUGGAACGCGGUGCUGAAAGGCGAAAAGGAGAUCGACAUCAACCAGAUCAACCGCGAGCGCUCCAUGGCAACGGUCGACGAGGAAGAGCACGCCGUUCUGGACAGGCUGACGUUCGACUAUCACCAGAAGCAGCAGGGGAAACCGCAGAGUCACGAAAUGAAAGUGCAUGAGAUGCUGAAGAAGGGCUGGGACGCAGAGGGCUCACCUUUCAGGGGCCAGGAGUUCGACCCGUCCAUGUUUGACAUCCCGCCCAGCGCCGUGCAGUUCUGAGAGGCGGCUCGGGCCGGGCCAAAGACCAACCGACUCACUUUUAUCUGCAGGACGCAUCGCAGGACGGUCAGACGGCGGACAUACAGGAUCAUCAAAUAAGAAGGGUGGAAGGAGAAUAAUGACAGAGGCGCGUCCUGAUGGCAAACACCAGGUUGAUGUUUUAUCAGAGUGAACGGUUUUAUUUGUUCGGUUAUUAUUUAUUGAGAUCCGUUGUGCCUAUUUCUUUUGUUUUCUGGUUUGAUUUUGUGGAACCAGCUCCCCCUGUUGGUAAACGUCUGUACAACAGGUUUCCUGCUAAAGUCUCAACCAAAGUUUCGGGAGAUUCAACCCAGUCCUGCUGCAAAUAUCUGCUUUUGUCAGUGCUGGAAAAUGUCAUGGAGAUAAAAGGGUUUUUUUUUUUCACCAAUUCAUCAAUUUCUGUCUAAUUUUAAAAGUCAAAGAAAGACAAAGAGCUGCCAACAACAUUACACCGACAGACAUUUGAGCAAAAGGGCGACCUGAUGGGAUGAUUGUUUGGUUUAGUGCUUUUCAAAUGAUUUGUUGAAUAAAAACAUGUUAAAUAUUUAAAAAAAACCUU